GUGAACAUCAAGGAAGCGUCCCUCUUGUCCGUCGAGGCGACGAACCUCGAGGGCGAGGUCGAGACGCGGAUCUCGGACCAGAUCGCGGCCGGCGCGACGUACGACCAGAACAGCGCCCAGUUCGCGCCCAAGGCGCUCUUCACGCGCUGGACGGCCAAGGGCAGCGACCCCCUCGAGGUGACGGGGACCUUCAACAUCGCGGACCAAUCCGCCGAGGUCGACGUCAAGUACGAGAAGUUGGGCUCGAAGUUCGGCGUCAACUUCAACUCCGCGCGCAGCUCGCUCAUCACGGCCGCCCGGACGUCCCGCGACUUCAGCGUCGAGGGCCGCACCAUCAACGUCGCGCCGUCCUACAACUUCGUCACGGGCGUCUCGUCGGCGCUCACGUCCGACACGUCCGUCGAGCUCGCGCUCGACUCCGCCGACGUCGCCGACCGCGACGCGCUCCAGAGCGUCGUGUGCAUCGACCACAGCUUCAACGGCAAGAACUCCAUCAAGCACACCUUCGCGCUCAACUCGGGCGUGUCGACCUACGAGUACAAGCGCAAGCUCGGCGGCGACGCCGCGCUCUCCGUCGCGGCGCACCCGGGCAAGUCCGUCGAGAUCGAGUGGGACGAGGUCGGCACCACGGGCCUCUGGACGACCAACGUCCGGUUGCCCUGGGGCAAGCCCGACCGCGCCCAAGUGAGCCUCGCCAUGGACUUCGCGGUGCUCAUGGGCCUGGACUCGCGCUUCAUCGUCAAGCCGUCCUGCUGGCAGGGCGUGCUCCGCUUCAUGUCCCUCGUCGAGGCCUACGACGAGAUCGUCGACCGCUUCGUGCACUACAACUUCGCGCCCAAGGACGUCGUGCUCCGCAUGCUGCGCUGCUCGCCGUCCUACACCUGCGGCAUCCACAUCAUCCAGCAGAACCGCGUCUUCGUCCUCAAGCGCAUGCGCAUGGUCGCGGACCUGCUCGCAGACCGCGUCGAGUACCUGGAGAUCCGCCUCCUGGACCCGACGUCCGGCGUCUUCGACGGCCGGAACUACAAGUACACGAAGUCCGACAUCGAGAUCUGGCGCUCCUCGUCCCCGUCGGAGAAGGUCGAGCUCACGAAGCUCGGCGGGCUCUUCGACUUCGCGACCGUCGCGUUCAACAGCGUCACGGGCCUCGACCUGCCGUCGCUGCGGAGCCCGACGCAGGGCGGCAAGUUCUACGGCCCCGCGCUCGCGCUGACGACGAACGCGGUCGACGACGCCUUCUUCAGCGAGAUCACGUCCAGGAUCAACAAGGGCAAGGUCUACGUCACGGGCGCCGACACGAUCGCGGGCGGCGUGGAGCUCCGGUUCGCGACGUCGUUGGAGCGCAACCAGAAGGGCGUCGACGUCAGCGACCUCGACCUCGCCUGCGCGAACGGCGCCUUCGCCAUCGACUCCUGGGCGCGGGGCGCGCCGCCGCGCCACACGUCGGCGGCCGAGCUCGGCGCGUCGGCCGCGGCCUUCGCGUCCGACGCGCGCGCGGCCUUCGCGCGCGGCCUGCCGCCGGCGCCGGCGCACCUGGAUCCGAUGCUCGCCAACGUCGCGGGCGCGCUCGCGGCCUUCGUGCCCGCGAUCGUGCUCGAGACGCAGGCGCUGGCGGCGGAGCUCGGCGUCGAGUUCCCGACGCGCGAGCGGCAGCCCGGGCUCUGGGUCGAUCGCGAGCGCCUCGAGCGGCGGCGCGAGGACGCGCGGCGCGAGCGCGAGCGCCUCGAGCGGCUCGAGCGGCGGCGCGAGGACGCGCGGCGCGAGCGCGCGCGGCUCGCGCGCGAGGUGCGCGAGCGCGAGCGCGACGAGCGGCUCGAGCGCGCGGAGCUCAAGUGGCGGGUGCGCGAGCACGAGCGCGACGAGCGCGCGCGGCCCGAGCGGGACAAGCGCGCGCGGCUCGAGCGGGACAAGCGCGCGCGGCUCGAGCGCGAGUGGGACGAGCAGCUCGAGCUGGAUCCGGUUGCUCGACUGCAGCGCUUUCUCCGGCUCGACGGCGUCGGUCUGCCGCCCACCAUCGUCUGCGAGAUCUCCCGCGUCGGUCGGCCGCCGCCCGGCGCCCGGCGGCCCUUCACGGACACGUCCAACGCGGCGCGCGGCGAGGAGCCCGCACCGAAACGGCGGAAUUCGCCCAUGGUCGCGCGGUGGAGGCUGUACGCGCCUAAACGGCCGGGCCGCGACGUCGUCGUCUUCAUGAUGGACCACGCGGUCUUGGUCAUCCGGCCCAUCUCCAUGGCCACGCCGGCCGCGCGCGGGGGCCGCACGAGCACCGCGCGCCGCGCCAGGAUCAUCUUCUCGGCCUCGCGGACGCGGAGCACGAGAUCGUGCACGGGCAUGGCGUUGAUCGCCGCGUCGACCUUGGGGUCCGUGAUGAGCUUGCGCUGGACGAACUUGACGGUGGGGUCGUGCAUGUGUCUCGUGCGAUGCGUCGCGCGGUGCUGCGGCCGCUGCCUCGACGGGUGCCGGAAGGCGUGCUGCCCGGCCGAGGAGGAGGAGGAGGACGACGACGACGGCGAGGCGGAGGAGGAGGCCCAGAAUUUGGUCGUGCGCCUCCGCUACGGCGGGCGAACGCUCGUCGUCGCGUUCCCCGAGGCGGAGGCGCCGAGCGCGCGGCGCGUCUUCGAGGCCGAGUGCGCCGAUCCGGCCGUCGACAGUGAUCCCUUCUGGAACGCGCUGCUCGCGCGCGGCGCCGAGGCGGACGCGGACGCGGACGCGGCCCUCGCGCGCCAGGAGGAGGGCCUCGCGAAAGACUGGGAGGCGGCCCGGGGCAAGUGGCUGACGACGCGGUCGGUGGCGCGGACCGCGGACGACGAGCUCCGCGCCGCCAAGGCCGCCGCCGUCGCCCAGGGCGAGGCCGCGCUCGAGGCCCAGCUCGGGAAGGCGCCGCAGGCGACGCCGCCGCACGUGGGGCGCAUGGACCUCGCGGCGCUGCGCGUGCUCGUCGACUCGGACGAGCUCGAGUCCGACGAGACGACGCAGUGGGUCCAGGCGCGCGACGCGGCGCGGCGCGCCAGGGCCGACGCCGCGCGCGGCGAGGCGCCGGCCGGCGAGCCCCUCGACGACAAGGCGGCGGCGCUCGAGGCCGUGAAACGCGACGGCCUCGCGCUCGCGCGCGCGUCGGAGGACCUCCGGGCCGACGCGGACGUCGUCGCCGCGGCCGUCGCCCAGAACGGCCUCGCCCUGGCCCACGCGUCGGAGGCCCUGCGGGCGACGAAGGACGUCGUCCUCGCCGCCGUGAAGCGCGACGGCAUGGCCAUCCACGCGGCGUCCCUCGAGCUCCAGGCCGACUACGACGUCAUCCUCGCGGGCGUCGACGGCCUCCGCAGCGAGAACACGUGA